UGGCUGCAGAGAACCCCGUGGAAAGGCUCCAGAAGGAAGCGACAUGUCCCAUCUGUCUGGAGUAUUUCACAGAACCUGUCACUCUGGAGUGUGGGCACAAUUUCUGCUGAGCCUGCAUCGCCCAGUGCUGGGAGGGAUCCGAUACAGACAUCUCCUGCCCUCAGUGCAGACAAACUGUGCAACGGAGAAACCUCCGGCCCAACAGGCAGCUGGCAAACAUGGUAGAAAUCGCCAAGCGAAUGAGUUUACAGACAGCAAAGGGAACAGGAGGGGACGGGGUUUGUGGGAAACACCAGGAGGCUCUGAAACUGUUCUGUGAAGAGGAUCAAACCCCCAUCUGUGUGGUGUGCGACAGAUCCCGGGCUCACCGCGCUCACAUGGUGGUUCCCAUCCAGGAGGCUGCCCAGGAGUACAAGCAAAAAACCCAGACCCAAUUGAAGACUCUGAAGGUAGAGCGAGAAAAGCUGCUGGGAUUGAAAAUGACUGGAGACACUCUGCUGUCUGAACUGGAGAGAAAAGGUGAAAUCCCUAGGACCAUUCAGACCGGAUCCCCUCCUGCAGCCAGGCUGGACAAGUGGCCUGAGAGCCUUGGGGAACAGGAGAUCUCUGGUUAG